UAUAUCGACUCACCAACGUUUCUCCACACAAAUCAAUCUCGUCACCACACCAUGGACAUGAAAACUCCACUUCUCACCCCACUCUCUCUCCUCCUCUUCCUCCUCCUUUCCUUCUCCCCCAAACCCUCCAAUGCAUCAUCCCCGGUCCUCGACACCGACGGCCACGAGCUCCAGACCGUAGUCGGCUACUACGUCCUCCCGGUCAUCCGCGGCCGAGGCGGCGGCCUCACGCUAGGCGCCUCAAGGAGCGGCACCUGCCCGCUUGCGGUUGUCCAGGAACAGAACGAGGUCUCCGACGGCCUCCCUGUCAAGUUCUCCCCUUCAGAUGCCAGCACUGGCGCCGUUCACCUCUCGACCGAUCUCAAUGUCUGGUUCGACGCGGCAACGAUUUGCGUGCAGUCCACUGUGUGGAGGCUUGGCACCUACGACGAGACGGUGGAGCAGUACUUCAUCGUGAGCGGCGGGGUCCUAGGGAACCCGGGACGUGACACCGUAAGCAACUGGUUCAAGAUCGAGAAGAUGGACGAGGACUACAAACUUGUGUUCUGUCCCACGGUGUGCGACACUUGCAGGGUGAUAUGCAGGGACGUCGGGGUUUAUGUGGAUGGCGGGACGCGGCGUUUGGCCCUGAGCGACGAGCCGUUUAGGGUCAUGUUCAAGAAGGCAUGAGGCGCGGGUGUGACCGAAGUGCAUGCAGAUUACGCAAGGCAUAUUUUAGGCAACACGCAAAGGGAAGGAAUAAUAAGUGCUAAAUAAAUAAUUUUAUGUAAAUCUGAUCUUUGUAAUGGUAUUUCAAAUAAAUUUCUAAUAAGAAGCCCGUGAGCUGAAUAAAUUUCUA